AUGCCGUCGCGCUUAAGUGCGCCCGUGCUGUCCUUAGACGCGGGUAAAAUGCACGAAAUCGACCCUUCCAAUGCUUGCAGUUUGAUGGCAAUGUGGUCGAUCUUCGCCAAAUGCUCAGAGUCGUUGAAAGAUGGUCCGCGAUUAGAGAACAUGAGUUGGCGGGUAUGGUCGCGAGAGUCGUUGUGCGUCACUUCAAUCGACUUGUCACCGGCCAGAUCAAGCCAAGUACCGUCCUUGUCCAAUUCCUUCUCCUCAGACGACAGCGUGAGUGAGAAAGAUUCAUGUCGGAGCAACUCUCGAUCUAGAUCAUUCGACGCCGACGAUAGCGAUAGAUCUCUCUCUAAAUCACGACAUCUAACCCCUCUCACGCUCGAAAAGAUUGUGGUCACGAUACAAGAAAAGACCGAACUAUGUCCCUUGUCUCCUUCCAUCGAAGCAAGUCUUCCGACCCUACCGACUACUUCUCAACUAGGGCCCCAGCCAGGGCCCAACUUUGAACCCACCACUGAAGCCGAGCCCAAACAUAUUCGAGAUUCAACCGAGUCCUGUAUAUCAAACACUACCACCGCGACUACAAGUACUGCUCGUCAGAGUGAUCACCGGGAUUCCGACACUUCAGUCUCCUCGGACGGCCUCAUCCGGAGUCAGUCCAUUGUCCAUGGAUUCUCCCCGGUCACGUCUUCGUUUAGAAAGACAGCUAGUAUUGUCCAACCUACGCCGCCCUCAAAACUCAUUCCUAAAGCCAGAGCUUCGAUCAAGCCUGCCAUGUUCACCCUGGGCGGGUCCUCGGAAGAUGACGAGUCAUCCUUUGAGCAGAGAGUACUGACCCAUAGACCCCCGCCUCAAAAGAGCUCGCUGUCUCAGAGCCUGAGCAAACCAAAGCUGGCGAAUGGAUCCACUGACAGACUGCAACCGAAAAGGACGUCUUUCCGGGAUAUCAUCGCCGCACGACGCAUUCAAGAGGACGCAGAGAAUGAUGAAGGCGCCAUUGCUAGCAGUGACGAAGACGAAGAUACGGAUGAAGCGAUCGAGUCCGCCAUUGAUGAAGAUGAAGACGGAGAUGAAUGGGAGGACUCCAACUCGGAUGAUGGAAGGACAGUCCAGGAGCCUAAUCUCUUCCGCAGAGUCGAGAGUCGUCCCGACUUAGUAUCACGGAGGUCCAUGUUGACGUUGGCUCUUCACAAAGGUCAAGGAUGGGGGAACCAUGCCUAUUCACAGCCCGUGUUACAUCGGCCUGGUGUGACAAGCCCACGGCGCAAGUCUGUUGCAGCCUCACCCGAAGAAGAGGAUGGCAUGAUGAUGCAAACGUCCAAGAGGCCACCCAUCGCUAUUCCUCCCCCCAAGGCCCCGUCAAAGGCCAUGGCACAUUCCCCACGAACCACGAGGCGCAACAUGCUGGCCACCGAGCUGACCGAAUCCUUGCGCAAGAAUCUCCUCUGGGAAAGACAACAGAAGUCGCAGACCGCGAACGCCUUUCUCAAAAGAAGUCGGAAUGCCCAAAGCAUGGCAAAUCUUCAAAGCCAUAGCACUUCGACAGGCGGGCCCGCUCAGCCACCUGCGCCUCAGGAGACCUCCAAGAACAACUCCUGGAAUCACUAUUUCGACAAUCCGUGGGAAUACCAUGCCAAGGGUUGGUAG